CGCAGAGGAGAAGGCAACAUGAGAAUAUAGCCAUCGCACAUCACACACAUAGCUAGUAAACAUUGCCUGAAACAUCAUCACCAUCACUACUUUUUUAUUUUAUUCUCCCUAUUCAAUAGAAAAGUUUAAAACUCCAGUUUUGUAAUUCAGAACUCUGUUCCCAUGAUGUCAUACCUGUGGAUUCUCCUGCUGGGCAGUUUGGUGAUUGGAGCCAAGACACAAGAAGACCCUGCUGCUGAGCCAGAAACAAAGGAAGCAGAGGCAGAAGCAGCAGAGUCUGAGGCAGAAGCAGAGGAAGUAGCCGCAGAGGAGGCCCCAGCAGCUGAGGAGGCUCCGACAGGAGAAGUGGAGGAGGCUGCAGAAGUGGAGGAGGCUGCAGAAGUGGAGGAGGCUGCAGAAGUGGAGGAGGCUGCAGAAGUGGAGGAGGCUGCAGAAGUGGAGGAGGCUGCAGAAGUGGAGGAGGCUGCAGAAGUGGAGGAGGCUGCAGAAGUGGAGGAGGCUGCAGAAGUGGAGGAGGCUGCAGAAGUGGAGGAGGCUGCAGAAGAGGAGGAGGCUGCAGAAGAGGAGGAGGCUGCAAGUUCUGAGGUUGCUCCGACUACAGACCAAGAGGCUGCAGCUGCAGAAGAGGAGGCUCCGGCUACAAAGGAUGAGGCUGCGACAGAGGACACAGAAGUAGUAGAAGAACCAGCAGUGGAAGUAGAGGUGGCCCCUGAAGCUGAGCCAGAACCAGCGGAGGCAGCAGAACCAGAAGCAGAGGUACCUGCUGUAGAAGAGGAAGCUGCAGAGUCGGAAGCGGCUCCUGCACCAGAAGACGGAGAAGCUGAGCCUGAAGCACAAGAGGAGAGCGAGCCCACAAAGGAGACACCCAUGGGAGGGAAGAGCCGCCGAGGGGGCUCAGUUGGCACAGCGGAAGCUCAAGGGGCUAGCUCUGGCUCGGUUGUGAGCAUUCUGUGUGCUAUCGGCGUGGCGAUCGUUGGAGCUGCCACCGGAUACUUCGCCUAUCAGAAGAAGAAGCUCUGUUUCAAGAACAGUGGAGGGGAUGUAGUGAGUGGCCCUAAGGAGAAGGCUGAGACCCAGUCAGAUCCCCAGGUUCUCAGCAAUUUGCUGACUAAUUCAUCCUAGAUCAUCUGAGAUUCCACUGGAAAAGAACCAGGACCAGCGGCAGAGUUUCCCACAACGCACACACACACACACACACACGCACACACACACACACACGCACACGCACACGCACACACACGCAUACACUCAAAUACAGAUUUGUCUCAAUCUUUAGGCCUUGAACUGAUAUAGCUGUAAAACUGUGAGAUAGUUGUGUGGGGUUAUGAACCUUCAGUACCACGUUAGAGUGUGAGACCAAUCAGUAGUAUCUCUGUGUCUUCUAAUGAUCACAUUUGUAAUCUGUUUAAAGGGGUGACAUUUUCUGUCCACUAAACCGCACCGAAACAAUGUAGGCCUAUUUCUACUAAUACUAGUACUGGGAUGGACUGUACUGUAGCUCAGAACCUCAUUCUAUAUUGUCUAUGAGAAGGCAGCACAAUUUAUAUGGAUCUAUCAUAAACAAUGUGUAUAGGCACAGCUCAUGAUUAUUAGUUCCUAGGAUAUUUUGGAUAAAAUGGCUCCUCUAUUUGAAAUGGUACCUUUGUUUGUUGUUGGUUUCUUGAUUUAGCCUGGUCCCAUGUUGAUUGUGCUGUAGCCAACUCUUUUAGCCUGGUCCCAUGUUGAUUGUGCUGUAGCCAACUCUUUUAGCCUGGUCCCAUAAUGAAUGUAGCCAACUCUUUUAUCAUUUUCAAGCCAUACACAUUUGGGGUAACAAUUACGGAACUCCGAGAUGAGUUGGCUAAAGCAGCAACAGACUGGACCACCUGGCUAGUCGUGUUGUUCAGGAAGCUGUAUGAGAGCUGGGAAGUGGAAGCUGUAUGAGAGCUGGCAAAGAGGACAGAAGAUGUCGCCCCUGUUGUGUGUUUGCUUGGUAUUUUUGGGGGCUUGGAGACCUUUACCGGCGGGUUGUCUAAAAUGUAACAAUGAAUGUGAACAUUUAUCAAAUCAAAUCAGAGUUUAUUUGUUGCAUGCAGAGUGCAUGCAGACUGGGUGCACUGUGCUGUUAAUGCAGGUCUGGAACAAAAGCCUGCACACCCAGCAGCUCUCCAAAAUCACAAUUGGAGAACCCAGUACCUGCUUCACACUAUAGGGCCGACCCAAACAGUACUGUGCUGGCCAUCAUAUUUUCUUUUCAUAUUGUCCUUUCCAACAAGGCUCCAGCAACUAUGGUGGAUGUGUAACCAGGCCAGCCCAGUACAGCUUCACAGUCGAAGACUUAAACUCCAGAGAAGCACUUUCUGAUUAGCUUGGUCCCAUGAUCUGUGUGUCCUUUAGCCAACUAACUGCUCUGAAUAUCAUUGUCUUGACAAGGCCUCUUUUGGAGAAGCACUUUCCCAAUCUGAUCAUGUUUUGAGUAAUGAUGAUACAAGUUGGUGUACCGAAUACUACGGUCUUCUAUUUAAGGAAUCUGUCUUUAUCUUGUGUUUGAGAAUUGUGUGAUUUUAAUCUUUUAGCACUUAUUUGUUUUGCUUUGAAUAAUGUUGGAGACCUGAAUAAAGGAGCUGUUAG